AUGGAUGAAACGGACACAAGAGGCCAUAAAAAUCAUCGCUUCUUUGGUUUUCCCAAGAUGAAUUGGGCAACAAAGGCUCGGAAUGUGCUCGUUCCGAGGAUUUGGUUCACAAAAAAUAGUGGAGAAGACGAUGAUGUUACGAAGAAGAACCAAGUAAUUGUCCGAUCAAUGAACGCUGACCAACAAUCAGAUGAAGGAUGCUGGCCAGAGCUGAAAGAAUUUUGCAAAGCUCAUGUCAUUGAGUGUUCUGUAUUUGGUUUGUUCAUUCUGUUCGGUUUCUUCUGCAUUUUCAACGCAUUUGGAUUUCUGGGACCUAACGAGCUAACACUACGCAAUUCAUAUUAUGAGAAGAUGGUCAUUGAACAUUGCCAAUUUGUGGAGAAUCGAGAUUUACAAGGAUCCGAAGGACGCACUGAUCAUCCAAACGCUACAUUGAUUUCAAUUUUAGCAGCUGUCAGACAUGGAGAUCGUUUUGGAUUGUAUACUGGUGGAAAAUGUAGUGAACUGAGUGAACAAGAAGCAAAAGAAUUUGAGGAGUACUUGACUGUCUCUCGUGGUCAGAAUAUCACAAGUCGAUUGAAUAUUCCACCUGGUUUUGAAAACCUGCAAAUUGUUCCGGGAGGAAAUAAAUGCCAAAGAGCAUUUUUGUCUCCACGAGGCGCGAUUCAAGAAUUUGCAUUGGGAAGGUUCUUAUACAGUUUGUACAAGGAUACUCCAUUAUUUGAUACUUCGGAGACUCCCUUGAAUUUGAAAUUAACAUUUUCGAAAUUUCAAAGAACAUUUGCUUCUGGAAUAGCUCUUGUCAGUGGUCUGUUGGAUCAAAAUCAAACUAACUUCGCAACACCGAUUCAAUUAACAAACUCAUCUGUAUACUACGGGUGUACAGAUGCUGAAUGUAACUGUGACAAUGUCAUCAAGACACUACUACAAACGAUGAAAGCAGAGAGUCAGGGAUUGUUUCAAUUGGAAGCCGAUAGAAGAAUUCUAGACGUUGCAAAGAAAAUGUUUGAUGCAAUUAACUAUUCUUCUGUACACAUUGAUCCUUUGGAUGUCAUUGAUAACCUUGUAGCAGGAUAUGUGUGUCAACGGAAGGAACUUCCAUGUAAUGAUCAGUUUUGUACCUCGUUCAUGUAUUUUGGAGAUGUUCUUGAAUAUUUCAACAAACAAAGUGCGAAAAUGUUCAAUUUGAAUCUUGGAGUUGAUAGACAAUACCGUGUCCUGAAUUCAUAUCCAAUUCUGAGAGCUCUCGGUUUGAUGGCUGAAGGCAACGAAAAAGAAGUUCAACUUUUCUCGUCUCAUGACACAAUUAUUGGGUCGAUUCUCCGAAUUAUCACGGACUCUGCCAUCUACAAUGAUUGGCAAUUGCUUGCGGCUCGGGUCGUUUUUGAGGUCUAUGAAACCCCCAGCAAAACGAGAUUGCUCCGCGUGCUCCACAAUGGAGUCGACAUAACGUCUACUGUGAAGUUCUGUAAAAGUUUUGAAUAUGGACUGUGCCCAUUGUCAGGUCUUCAAGAAUUUCUGAAAAUUGGAAUAUUUGAGGUGGCCGGAUUCAAAAGCUUCGAAGAAGAAACAUGCAAGGAUCAUCGGACGGAACUUAUACUUCUCUGAAAUUUUUAAAAAAUAAAUACUUUUAAUUG